AUGUCUAAAACGGGAGCCAAGAUUAGUUUCUACGAAGACAAAAAUUUUCAAGGCCGCCGCUAUGACUGCGACUGCGACUGCGCAGACUUCCGCUCCUACCUAAGCCGCUGCAACUCCAUUAGAGUAGAAGGAGGCACCUGGGCUGUGUACGAAAGGCCCAACUUCUCCGGGCACAUGUACAUCUUACCGCAGGGCGAGUACCCGGAGUACCAGCGUUGGAUGGGCCUCAAUGACCGCCUGGGCUCUUGCAGAGCUGUUCACCUGUCCAGUGGAGGCCAGUAUAAGAUUCAGAUCUUUGAAAAGGGUGACUUUAGCGGCCAGAUGUAUGAAACCACGGAAGACUGCCCUUCAAUCAUGGAGCAGUUUCACAUGCGAGAGAUCCACUCCUGUAAAGUACUAGAAGGCACCUGGAUUUUCUAUGAGCUACCCAGCUACCGUGGCAGACAGUAUCUCCUGGACAAGAGGGAGUACCGGAAGCCCAUCGAUUGGGGUGCAGCAUCCCCCUCGGUCCAGUCAUUCCGCCGCCUUGUAGAGUGAUGACGUGAACGGGGCCAUAGAGUUCUCCCUGAGGGCUGAA